AUGAAUGCACGAAUAAAGGCAGGUGGUGCACCAUGUUCUGAGCCCAUGAUUUCUUUCGAACGUCCUCUUUCUUCGCUGUCGGUAACUUUUGAACGACCGGCAUCUGUGUCCUCAGCGACGCAUCCCGAGGUUCGUCCAACAGGUGAACCGAAUGUUCAUUACGCCGCCGAGCUGACUUCACCGUCUAAUGAAGACUUUGAUUUGGGCAAAAUUUUGGCUGGCCAUGGUUACAUUCCUCAAGCAGUCUACCUAGCAUCAGUUAACGAAGUUCGUGCAUUCGCAGCACAUGCACCUAACGUGAAUCGAACGAAUGGAAAUCGGCUGAGGGCUAAUGGUCAUCCCAACUACUAUCGUGGUGCUUAUCGUAAUCGAGAGAACCAUCAAACUCAGCAGACUAAUGAUAUAGGACACUACAGAGAGUACAUUCGUCGAGAGUAUAGCAACACGAAUUAUAGAAAUCAUCAUAAUAAUAGUCGAAGAGGCAAUAACAAUAAUGAAGCAAAUUAUGAGUCAAGCCGAGAAAAAAAUGCUGAAUUUCAGCCUCGUAAUCGAUUUAAUCGACAAAAUAAUUUCAUAUCUCAAAAAAGUGGCGUUUCUGCGCAUAGUCGACACGCUGCAGAUAAUCAGAAGUCAGGUUUCACAAAUAAUCGAAACCGAAACACAGGAGACUAUGAGCAAAAGCAGAAGCAAACGCUGAUUAUUGAGCCAAGCGGCGGAAGGAUGAAAAGAUCGUCGGCACUGCAACGAGCAAAUCGUAGUCCUGUCGAGGAAAAAGAAUAUCUGGAAGACUAUAAUCUGUCAUCGCCAUGUAAUGACGAUUCCAAAUCUGAAUCUAGCAGCAAAAAAACUGAAGAACCAGAAUAUAAUUUUGAAGAAAAUGCAUUUCCAAGUUUAUCGGAAGAUGUUAAAGAAGAAAUUGUUAAAGAAGAAAAGCCACUGUUUAGUAAGGUAGCUGCUGGUAAGAAGAAGGAGCGAAAGGAAUCAAAAGAAAAACGAAGUUAUGCUCAGAUGUUAAAGCAAGGCAACGGGCUUAGUGCUAAUAGCAGCAAAAAUCUCCGGAAACUGUCACCGGUAUUCAGUGGCCAACUGAACACCAAGGCUGAGAUGGCCGGUUUUGACGACUGCGAAUCCGGUGGUUGGCUCCGGUUUGCUGUGCUGUAUAUCUGUGGAUAG